AGGGAAAAAGAAGCAAAUGAUACCAAGACAAGCUGCUAACAGGGAUCUAAUCAUCAGAUGUGUGCGGAGGAAAAUACAGUGAGAUGAGUCAGAAGACGGGCAAGGAGGGUCCCCGACUCUCCAAGAACCAGAAGUUUUCGGAGCACUUCAGCAUCCACUGCUGCCCGCCCUUCACGUUCCUCAACUCCAAGCGCGAGAUCGUGGACCGCAAGUACAGCAUCUGCAAGAGCGGCUGCUUCUACCAGAAGAAGGAGGAGGACUGGAUCUGCUGCGCCUGCCAGAAGACCCGAUUGAAAAGGCGGAUCAGACCCACCCCCCGGAAGAAGUGAGCGCAGCGUUUCCGGUGAAUGGAUGCCUCCAGCUCCUGGACUCUCUGCUUCUUGACCCCGGUGUCCUUGGGCAAGUUCUCUGGCUUUGGAUAUGACGCAGGGGCUGACACCUGCUGAGGCGGCCACCACCGAUGCCCACCCUGUCCGUGGCACUGGGGUCGCCGGGCAGCCUCCCUGGAGCACUUUGAAGAUACCAUCCUAUUGUCUUCUGACCUCCAUUAUUACCUGUGAGAACGCUUCUUUCCCUCUGUGUCUCUUCAUUGACUCAAAUUUCUUCAAUGCGAAGACACCUAUCUUUCUUCAGGGAAGUUCCAAAAACCAAGAUAAAGUUGUACACCUCCCACAAUGGCAAAAAUUAAAAGUGUUUAGUGCAGGCAAGAGUGAAGGGGAAAGUCUCAUAGGCUACUGAUGAGAACUUUAAAGUUGUCACAACACUUCUGGCAUGCAAUCUGGGGAUAUUAGCAAUAUAAGAUAUUACAUCAUCUAUGCUCAAGCAGUUAUAGUUUAGGCAUCCAUCCUAAAGUAAAUCUGCGUUCAUAGAAAAGGGAAAUAAAGGGAAACAUAACUUUGUU